AACACGUUAUUGUAAAAUAUGACGCGUUUAGUUUGUGAGGAAAAAUUGAUCACUCGUGAAAAGGGUUUAAAAAAUCCCACUGAUUCCCGUUUAAAUCGGCGCACUUAUAUCUUGUUCCCCCGGACAGAAAAUAGAUCCAGUUGGCGCUCUCGCAUGUACUCAAUCCCACCUACUUGCAUAAGAAGACGUAGCUGGGUACGUUAUUUCCUAACACCGGGUUUCUGAGUUACUGGCCUCCUGCACAGGUGUCCCUCACCAUGCUGCGGGGGGUAACUCCCUCCCUGUGUGCCUGCAUUCGGAGGGUUUGGGCCGGACCCCUGUACGGCGGCAGGCCCUGCUCCACGCUGCCCCCCGGUGGGGUGGAGAACCAGCUGACGGUGGACGCGCUGUACGAGCUGUCCGUGGACAUCCGCAAGGUGCGCAAGCUGAAGGGCUGGGUGCUGCUGCAGCCCACGGCGUACGUGCGUGAGACCGCCGGGCUUCUGCGCGAGCUGGGCGCCGACGGCCCCGCCAUCGCCCGCGUGCUGGAGCAGCACCCCGAGGCCGUCCUGUGCCGGCCCGAGGAGGUGCGCGCCCAGCGGGAGCUCUGGGCGACGGUCUGCCCCAACCGGAGGGACCUGGUGGCCAUCAUCGAGAAGUUCCCCGCCUCCUUCUUCACCGUGAGCCACCGGGCCAGCCAGGAGGCCAACGUCCGCUACUUCCAGAGCCUGCAGCUCAACAAGCGCAUCAUCAGCAAGCUGCUCGCCAGCGCGCCCCAGAGCUUCUGCCGGCCCGUGGAGCACAACCAGGAGGCGGUGCGCGCCCUGAAAGAGGCCUACCUCAGCCUCGGGGGCGACGAGGGGAACAUGAGAAUCUGGCUGCAGAAGCUGCUCAGUCAGAACCCCUUCGUGCUCAUGAAGCCCCCGGACGCCAUCCGGGACAACCUGGGGUUCCUGCAGGACAGGGGCUUCCGUCCCGCCGAGCUGCUCCAGCUCAUAUCCAAGCUGAAGGGCUUCUUUUCGGAGCUGAGCGCGGGCAGCAUGGGGGAGACCCUGGCCUACUCGCGGGACGUCCUGCGGUGUUCGGACGGCGAGCUGCGGGAGGCGGUGCUGCGGUGCCCCGCCCUGCUGUACUACCCGGUGCCCGUGCUGGCGGACCGGUUUCAGGGCCUGCUGGGCGCUGGGGUCAGCGUGUGCCAGAUACAGGCCACGCCCACUGUGCUGGAGCUGACCACUCAGAUCGUGCUCUACCGCAUGCAGAGGCUGCGUUCCCAUGGUUACGACAUCACAGCGGGCAGCCUGGAGCCCCUGACUGGAACCAAGAAGGACUUUGAGGAGAGCUGCGGCAGACUGCACCUCCGCCAGGCGCGCCCCAUUUUUAACCCAGUCGCCCCCUUAAAGAGCCCGGAGGAGUGACCGCUUACAUCAGGGGGGUUGUGGGGGGUCUCUUGGGGGGGGUUUCAGUGUUCGCUGGUCUGGGUUUCAUGGUCAGACAGUGUUUUCACUGCAUCUUGUGAUGGACCAUUAAAAGUGGCUCAGGAUUGUGUACUGUAUGUGAUUUGUUGGUGAUUUUUUUCUGGUUCAUUCUUUUAUACAUAUUUAUUGAUCACGUGCAGAAUAUAUAUUUAUGAAGCUGUUUUAUUAUUUUUUGGUUAUUGAUACAACCACUGCACGUUAUAGUCCCCAUUUCAAAAGAACACAAGAAACAUUUUGGUAACUGUCCAUAAAUAUGUAAACCGUUGUUAAAAGAAUGCUGUAAACUGUAAUUUGAGCUGUCGUUUGAACUGGUAAAUACAAAAAUAGCAUUCAGUAAAACCCUCAUAAUGAAAAAAGCAGCGGUUACAGUGACACAUAGUUGUGCCAGGGCUAUGAUGAUUAGCGUUAUCCGACAGAAGUGGCUAUUAGCCGUUAUUUUAAUGCGGAUAACUUAUUAACACACACACUGUUUUAAAACAAAGUCUCGUCGCCGUGCUCUUGCUCUCUACGGUAUGGUCGACAGUCUUUUCUCGGUAAGAACAGGGGCGGCGUGCGUCUGAAUUACAACUCAAAGCAGGGGCUAUUAACUGGAAUUGGUGUGAGUUGUUCUUUUUAAUUUACCCUUGUGUUUCUUAGAUGGGUGAAGUGUAUAUGAAGUCGGAAUAUAGUGCCCACACGCGUCCCCUCACACGUUUCUGUUUAUAUUUUGAGGCGCAUGCUGUUGUGUUAUCACACAGCUCCCCCCGCAAAGGCGUUAAAAUGGACUCUUCCAUCAGGUGAGGGAAAUUGGAAAACCCAAAAAUAAUUACGCCGCGUUAGUUUGUAGAUUGUAACGAUUUUGAAGCAAGAACGCCACGGAAUUUUGGGUCAUACACCGCAUCAUCAGAUGAUUCGUUUAGGAUUACGAUUCUGGGUCUCCCUUGUUUUGUUUUCGCCUGUCAGUGAGUGGAAUAAACGCUAUUUGAGGCGGCGCGAAGA